AUGCAGUUCACUCUCUUCGCUAUCGCACUGGCGGCUAUUGUUACCCCUUCCCUCGCAAUCCCUACUCAGUCACAAGCCAACCCACUUAUCCAGCCGCGCUACACUUGUGCCCCGACUCGUUAUCUUCCCAGCCCCAAGUGUAAAUACUACAAUUGGCUAUACAAGCCAUGUCUUUCAACUGUAAGCCUCUCCUCUACUGACUUAGAAGAGGAAGAGCUUACUAACUUUUAUUUUAGGAGACUUGCCAUGAUGGUGAAUGCCCUGUUGAGCGCGAAUAUGACUGCUAUGUCUCGUGUUGCAAGCCGUAAAGAAAGAGACGGUGCCGCCUUCGGAGAUUAUAUCUCUCUCCCAAUAGGCCUUCCCCGAGUCCUGCCGGAACCGCUUUUCUCUUUUUAUUUCUGA